UGCAAAGAGAAGUAAAUAAUUCUGUUUAGCCUCCAAAGUAGCUACAAUUUUGAUUUUAUCAUCAAGGCCAGUGGCAGACAACCAAAUUUUGAGAGUUAAUUUCAACAAUCUAGGAGAGAUUGACUAAAAAUGCAUCAAUUUUAUCUUGUAAAGCGUGUCAGGUUUUGCUUUUAAAAGAUCAAGAAAAAAUCGUUCCAACAUCAAGAGUCUACAAAAGCUUUUGCAACUUUUUGUAAGUAUUGAAGCGAGCAUCCUACUGUCGUGCAAAACAUACCCCAAAGUCCUUGCUGGCCUGCUUCGUUUCUCACAAUCAUGAAUUUCGCGAUCGAUCAAAUGUGUAUUGUAAACUUAAAGAAUCCUCGUUCCCAGGGUUUUUAUCUUUCUGUUGAGCGUACCGACGGCGAAAAUAAUUUCUCUACUUCCCACAUGCAUUCACGCUGUCGCAUGUAAGUUCUCUAGCUUGAAAAGUUUUAUUACGGGUGUUUGUAAAGAAUUUUUUAUUAAGAAAGAUUUCUUGAUUAGCUCGUUGCUAAUUAAAGAAAUCCUUAGCAUUCAUCAUUCAACACGUUUUAUCACAAUAUAAAUGAAGAAAAUGUGACGUACGGUGAAACAGAUAUAUUGAUACUUCUUUUUUUAUCUUAACUCAAUGUCACACCGCCCACAACCAAAAAGAGAAUCAGUGGCUUUAUAUUACCAUCAGAUAAAUAUUUUGCUUUUUGGUUGGAGCUUAUAUUGGUGUUUAUAUUGGUGCCAUAUCUUUACCCCAAGAUAAGGUAAAAUAUUUGGUAUUUUUUUAUAUUUUCUUUUUUUAUUAUAAAUUAUUUAUCUAUUGGAUACUUUUAUUAUUAGUUUCUACACUUUUUCCCUACAAUCACACAAAAAACUUGCUUAGUAACUUUCAGGCCUCACAUCCAUUUCCUGAACACUUUUCCCUCAAUUAGCAACUUUUCCAGUUGAGCUGUGGCUAAAGUUCGCUAAAGAAACUUUAUUGUGUGUGUUGAAUUGAUCACUGACCGGCAAGAUGUAUGAAGUUACGCUUUUCUCACUCAUUUAAAACAAGUAUAAGUUUGACCCAUGUUUUCAUACAUAUAUAACAGUCUCUUUUCUAGAAUUUGUUUUGUAUUCGUUUCUAGACAUUCUAUUUCAUUUCUGAUGGGUUGUGCCACAAGUAAAGGAGCAGUUGUAGUGGCAAGUAACAAUAAUGGUAAUAAAAACGGUGAACAAACGGCAAGAUCUUCACCACAACGAGCCAGAAUAAUUAUUGAUGAAGAUCAAGCAGCAGAAGAUGAUACCAAUUCACUUAAUUCUGUAGUCGAAGUAGAAACAAAAAACUACAGCUAUGGCGCUGACAAUAAGGCGGCACAGGCGGCGGACAACAGAGAGCACACGACACACAAUAUAAACCAUGUUGAAGACAACACAGAACAUAUCAAAGACAACACACAACAAGAGGUAGAUAACGUAGAACAGUCAGAUAACACAGAACAUGGUGAAGAUAACCAAGAACAGGAUGUAGACGAAAUGUUACAGUCAGAAAAUAACCCGGAACCUCUUCCUGAAAAUAAAGAACAGCUACCGCAUGGUAUAGAGCAACAGCCAGCUAACAUGGAACAAUCAUUAGAGGGUGCAGAACAACCGCCAGAUUCCUCGAGACAGUCGGUCUAUGACACAGAAGUAUCAACAAAUCCUACAGAGUCCGAAUUAGCACCAGCGGUAGAAGAUGUAUCUAAUGAAGUUCUGCCGUCCGAGGAAACUUCCCCAGCUGACGUAGGAGAAACGAAAGAUACGAACGAGGAGAAUAAAGAUACUAACGAACCAACUAAUGAUGAAACUGAUAGAAAAGAAGAAGCUGAUGAAACUGAAGCGCCUGUGAAAAGUAGUGACGAUCAAACGUCAGUAGAAUCCAAUGAAGCACCCGUGGAAGAGAAUGCGGAGCCAACAACCGACAAACAACAGCAGGAGAUCGAUACAACUAAAAACGUAACCGAGGAUAGUGGAGAAGGAGAUCAAGAAGAAAAUACGGAAAACGCGGAGGAUAAAACUCCGGAACAGGAAAACAAAAAUACAGUUGAAAGUGAAAAUACAGAACAUGAACCAGAAGAAAGUAAAGAAGAUGUUAACGACGAAAACGCAGAUAGAAAAUUUAACGAUACUGGCGAUGAGAAUGAAAAAGCUACAGAAAAUCCUCCAGAAGAAACGCAACAACCAGAGGAAAAUAUUCAAGCUACUGAUGAUGCAAGUCAAAAAGAGGAAAAACCUUGUGAAGAAAAUUUUAAUGAACCUGAAAAUGAACCAUCAGAAUAAGUGUUCCGUUCUCUUUCUUUAGUAAACUUGUACAUAAAAAUAUUGUCUAUGAUAAAAAAAUGAUUAAAAAGCAUUUUCUGUCAGUCCACCCUAGUAGGAUAGAAACAUCUAUCACAACUAAAUCUCGGUAUUGGUUACAGGAAUUAUCAAAGCACGGUUUCAUUGUUACAUGGUGUUGUUAGUGAAGAGUAACCCAAUGAAACAGAUUUUGGAAUUUAUGUACAAGGCAUUUUAAUUGCCCUCAUCUGAUACGAAUGUACACACAAAAUUUGUUAUUUAUACCAG